CUAAUAUGUCCCCAGCUAUAUUACAAUAUUGUUAUAUGCUCUGGCUCUGCUGCAGGACAUUUGUGUUGAGAUUUUUUAAUACUUUUGCGCAAAUUUCAUUCUUGGCCAUUUUGCUGAGGCAGAAAAGGACGUUGUGGAGUCCCACAGGUCUUCUCCAGGGAGCCUCUCUUCAUCUCAACAAUCAUGUCUGAUAAGAGGGUGUACCAGGGCGUACGAGUGAAGACCACGGUCAAAGAGCUACUGCAGAGACUCCGAGCCCGGGAGGCAAACGGCAAACAAGUUAAAACGAAAUCCCAGAUCUCACAGGCAUGCUUGGAUCUUCAGGAUCUUGGCGCGUCCACUUUUCCAAGUCGCUAUGUGGACCCUCCCCCUGCCAUCCCCUCAGCGGACGCGAGCAGCUGUGGAGCUCGAGCCUUCACGCUGCGCGCCGCCUCGUUCACCGUCCCUGACAGCUCGUGCAACACCCAGAUGCAAGAGAUCACCUUUAACGACAUCCAGCAACAGUUCGGGGACAUGAUGUUGCACAGCAACGGCUACAGUAGCAACAACAACAACAACAACAACAACUACAACGUCUCAAUGCCUCCCCCUCCCACCUUCCCGCUGCCCUGGUGCCAUGGACUCUCUUCUGAUGCGGACUACUAUGGCCAUGGGAUGGCUCCCUGCUCCUCACCAGAGUCGCUUAAGCUCUGCAACCCCAUGGAUCACAACAGCUUAUCGCCACAGGACUCUUUCUCCUCCUCUUCCUCCUCCUGCUACGCCUCACCCACCAGGAUGGAGUCCAGCUUCCAUGGCCUCACCUCAGAGCAUUUCCACUAUCAGCACUGCAACCUCCAGGACUGUUACUGCCUGCCCCACUGUUGGCCAGGCCAGCAGGACAGCGUCUCUGCCCCUGAAUAUCCUCCUUACUUCAACCCCACAGACUAUCCAUACACCUGUCCCGUGGAAGAGAACUAUUUUAAGAGGGAUUUGCAGAUGAGCUCCGAAAUGUGUUAUAAUACGCUAUGAUUGGACCUUCAGCAGUAUUGUUUUGUCUUUUGACUUUAAAUAUUCUUCUGUUCAAGCACUCAGCUAGGCCGUUGGAUUGGAUGGUCCGCUUUGCAUUUCCAUGUGUGCUCUGACUGGCUUUCGCUUUGGUAAAAUGAAUAUGAUGAAUGUUGAAUGAAUGGAAAGCCUGAUAUAUUUGUAUCAAUGAUCCUUUUUUUACUACUAAGAUUUAUUUUCAUACAAAUAACUUGUUGCUAAAUAAAAACGUGCA